UUACGGUUAUUACUAUGUUACCUCCCAAUCUACCUGCACCUUCACCCCAUCUCCGUCCUGCCAAACUUGGGUCUCGGCUCAAGCUGUCGCUGAUCGUCGUCUCUGGGAUUCGAUCGUCCACCAUGGCACACUUGAGACUUGAGAAGGAGCUUCUGAACCUGAGCGAUGGCACGAGCAUCCGCAUCGCACGCACGCCGGGCAUGGGCGACAAGGAGUGGCAAGACACCAAGAAAUACUUGGAGGCGAAUCCCGAGGAAGCCAGAAGGAUGGAGCAAUUCUCCCGGGACGCCAAAGCGGUCCGCGCUUGGAUGCAGACCCAGGCCAUUACUGAGUAUUACAACACCCGGCUGAGCAAUGGAGAUGAGAUGAUCACCGGGAAGUUCAACUCCUUAGAGAAGAACCCGGACCUGGCACACAUCUUUGAGGACAUCAAGCGGGGUGGCAACCCGGCAGCCAUGAAGCAUUAUCACAAUGAGCCUUUGAUGCUCAAGAUCAGCCGCGCCAUGGGUGGUGUGCCUGAGGAGGUGAAGACCGUGUUGCAGGACAUUCAGAACAAGCCCAUCACCCUGCAAGAGGCUUGCUUCAAAGGUGACCUGAAGACCUUGGAAGAUUACCUGCAAGCGAGCCAAGGUGAUGAGGAAAAGCGGAACAUCGAUGAGAAGGACGCGAAGGGCAUCAGCUGCCUGGGCUACGCCAUUGGAGCGAACCGCACGCAUGUGGUGAAGAAGCUCCUGGAGAGCAAGGCCAAUGCCACAGAGGUGGACAACAGUGGUGGCAACGCGCUCCACUAUGCUGCGGCCUAUGGAAGGAAGGAGUUGUGUGACUACUUCUUGAAGGCGAAGCUUGACCUCAACAAGCAAAACACCCAGGGCCAGACACCUUUGGCACUGGCGCAGAAGAACAAGAUGAAGGACACCAUGGAACUCCUACAGAAGGCGGGCGCCAAGGCCUAGGUGGCCGGCAAGGUCAAUCCGUCGACUUAGCAGUCCGCCAGCGGUGAGCGGGGGUGCUGGCCCGACGGUCCAGGCAGUCCAGCGAGAUGAAGGGCAGAGCGACUGCAAAUCAUUGGUUGCCUGCCUCUGACUCUAGGCCAUUCCCUUU